GGCUAAGGUAUAAUUGAAGUUUUUCCUUGAACAUCAGCUGAUUCCCAGGGGGUUGCCUUUACCCAUAAAGCAAGCCAGAAAUCAGAUAAUUGAACCUCCUGAUUACAUCGCCAAAUUUUCUACAUCCCCGCCAAAUUUCCUUCCGCUUUGAUAUUGGGUAAAUUUUAAUCCAUAGUACAAACAUUUUUCCCUCACAAAAAGUUUAGAUCUCUUAUGGCAAACUCGGCUAAAAAGAUCAAUAAAGAGAGUACGUAUAGAACAAUAGCUGUGGCAGCAACGCCCAUUAUCAUCCUUGGCGGUAUUUGCAUUGGUUUUGGGUGGAGAUAUGUGAGGCGUGCUUGGAAAUCAAAGCAAAAUCAUGUAAGGUCCGUGUCCUUGGCAGCCCUCCAAGGAGGUAAACUGGCUUUGGAUAGAUUGGUUGAUUAUCAGAAGUAUCGGGGCAAGGCAACAGAAACAGAUGUUGAUAUAAAAGAGCUGGAGACUCAACUUGGAAAAGAACAUUCUAAUUUCAAGGAACUUCAGCGUGUUCUUGCGAGGCUGGAAAUGAGCAGAAGAGAAGAUGAAGCAAUAAAAGUGCUAAAAAAUGCAUUGAAAAAGGCCAAGAGGGAGCGCAAAUCACAUGAAGCUUAUGAAAUUGAAAUGUUGCUUGCAGAAAUGUUCAUCUACAAGGGAGAUUUUGAAAAUGCUUCGAAGUGCAAAUGCUUAGCGGCAGGGGAAGAAGAAAAAGUUUCUGAUCCACGAAUUCCUCUUUAUAAGGCUAUUAUUAAUUUGAUAAACCAGAAAGAACAAGAUGCCCUUCAACAUUGGGAAAAGUUUAGAGAUGAAAUGCAAGAACUGGCAAACGCACCAAGUUUCCAGGAAGAGGAGUUCCUUGUGUUUAAGAAUGCUGUCCUUCAUCUCAAAGAAGAUAUUAAUGCUGCAAGACAACUCAAAAAACUGUGAAGUAUACCAGGAGACUGCAUGGCUCAAUAAGCAAUGCUGCUUCAUUGAUAUUCCCCUCCCCUCCCUUCUUACAAGUGGUUUGAUGACUUGGGUUUGCGACAUUUUCUAUUCUGCAGGGAUGGGAAGGGAAUCAUAUAAUGGAGAGAUUAAGUGUAUAAAAGAGUGCUUAUUGCACUUGAUAAGAUCAACCUGCUUAUUCAUUCUCUGGCUUGUAAGAAACUAAUUUGCACAAAUCAAAUAAAAGAAUAAUAAUAUAUAUUCAUCUGGAAGGAAACUUGAA